AUGCCGGCACCUGGUCUCAGUCCUCUAAACACUCCUCCUGCUCUGACCAGGGCCGCUAUGAAGCAAGUCCCUGCGACUCCUAUCAGCAUCCGUGGCUCUACUCGCGGUAUAAAGCCAACAGAAAAAGUUGCUCAGCUCAGUACUUUAAAGGAGGAUCAGAAAGCUCUGAUCACUCCGGAUCCAAGCCCUCCACAGGUUUUGGUUGGCAAGAAGCUUCUCGCAAAGAAAAAUGCUAUCGAGAGUGUCCAAGAUGGCAAGAGCGACCAGGUCUCAAAGGCGGCUUCCUCUCCAUCCAAGGUGAUGCUCCGAUUUGCACCAAAUGUCGUUCAGAGUUGGAAGUCUCGAGUCGACAGUACCAGCUCUCCAUCUCCAUCUCCUCCAUCCUCAGGACAAGACUCGAUCGUCACCACCGCCAAAGUACCAAAGAAUGGCAGCAAGGCCAUUUCGACUAUCGAGCUCAAGAGUACCACAACAGGAUCAAAGCCAGUCAAAACUGCUCCCAUGAGUGCUUCCGACUCCGAAUCUACCUCAUUGUCCGACAGUAUCCUUCCCAGUAUCGAAAAAAUCCUAGAAUAUGAUAUUGAGGAGGAGCUGGAAGUCCCAGUUGCUACCCCUAAUAAGGCGUCUACCAGGUCUGCAAAGAAACCCGUCUACAAGCCAGCACCGAAAAAGGCACCAAAGAAAGCCAUUAAUAAAAACGAGACCAAGAUUGAUACCCCAUUGCAAGAGCGUAGUGUCAGCUCGCAGACUUCUCUCAACAACGAGGUCGCAAAGGACGUCGCAAAUUCUGCCGCAACAUCGAGGAAGCGCGGCUUUGCUAAAUCUAACUCGGAGUCUACCAAUGAAAAGGCCACUACCAAUGGACGCACUUCGAAAGUUCAGAAGGUUUCUCCUCUCGGACGAAGGCAGACCAUCGUCUCUCCUGAACCCAUCGUUGACACAGAUCCACCUGGAUUUGAUGAGACAGAGUUGACGGCCUGGUUGUUCGCAUACGGCAAGGAAGGUAGUGAGGACUACUUGAGAGCUAAGUUCCCAAGAUGCAGUCUGGAGGCAUACGGCUAUGGAAAGCUCCAGGACUACAAGUUCAUCCUACAUUCAGAUGGUUACGCGAAAGCUAUCCAAGAAAAUGGCAGCGAGAUCUAUGGUGCGAUUUGGAAGAUCCCCGAGAAGGUCCACGCAACUUUGGAGAAGAAGGCUGGCAAGCAUGGCAUGAAGUACAUCCAAGUCCCAAACAUCCAGCCCAUGCGCAGACACCCCGACUACGAGCCAAACUGCUGGAACGCUCCCUGGGUCCCUCACGCCGAACCAAUCAAGUGCUGGAUGGGAGUCUGUGAGAAGUUGGACGACAGCGAGGAGAACGGUAAAGAGAUCAUUGAGAACGACUUCUUCAAGCGGCGGGGUCUCAGCAGAGUGGUCAUGGAGAUGGAGAUGGCUGGUGUUCCUGCGGAGUAUGUGCAGAAGUAUAUUCGUUCGUGGGUUCCUCCUCCUAGAACUCCGUACGAUACUGGGUAUUUUGUCAAUCGGCAGAGGAUCAAGCCAGUGAAGAAGAAGUAG